CAGACGUACUGCAGUGAUGUUGUGUAACGUCUGUUUAUGUCCGUGUUUAAACAAUUGAAAGGACUUCUCAUGAACAAAUGGGGCAUUAAACAUGUAUACAUAAUGUUGUCUAGAAUUUAAUAUCUGAAUAUCAUCUAAUGAGUCCCGAUGGUGAAAAGAAAACAGAGGAGAGUUUUGCACUAUGUGAAAGAGGGGAGCCUGAUGAAGUUAAAGUCGUUCCUUCGUAAACACAAGGACCUGGAGCUGAACUUCACGCAGGGGAAGAAGCACAGAAGCCCCCUACACAUUGCCUGUUCGCACGGGAAUGAUGCAGUUCUCAGACUGCUGCUGAAACACGGAGCAGACCCCCUUCAACCCGACAGAAAUGGAGACACACCGCUACAUCAGGCCGCAAAAAGAGCCCUCAAACAUGGCAAAAGAGCUUAUGAUGAUCUGGUGGUGCCAUUGCGAAAAAACUGUCCAGAAGCCAUGGAUAUUUCUAAUAAAGCAGGAGUUAUGCAUCUUGAAAUUCAUGGGAACGUCAAAAAUGAAUCCUAUGUUGAUCCAGAGCAGCAAUGGAGAGAGAAGCUGUUAGGCGAAUGCCAGGAUGAGUUUUUUGAGACGUUCGGACAGUAUGAUGAAGAAGGGGGAUUUGCCAGCAAAGUACCUGGCAACCCAUGGGCGCAAUCUGCACACCGGCAAGUUAAAAAAUGUGUUAAAAAGAAGAAGGGGGAUUUGCCAGCAAAGUACCUGGCAACCCAUGGGCGCAAUCUGCACACCGGCAAGGUCUGUGCUUCACGGGAGUGA